AUGUCACCACUGGCCAAGAGCCCUAACUUCCCGCCUCCCGACCGCAAACAUUACAACGCCGCCACGCCUCCGGAUGCGGUCGAGAACUUCAAUGCUUUCAUCAUCGAUCAUGUCUCUACAGGCACUGCGCUGGCCAUUGCGAAGAGUAACUGGGCUCUGUCCUUCGGCCAGCGUCCGUUUGUGGCCCAUGGCGUCAUGUGUGGCAUCACGUUCACCUACGGCGGGUUGCGCACGGAUGAUGCGGCGCACGUCUUGAAUGAGGAGGGGCUUGUCAUGCCGGGUCUCUGGGCGGUUGGGGAGAUGGCCGGGGGCUUCUUCGCCUUCAAUUAUCCGGGGGGCUCGGGGUUGACUAAGGGGGCGGUCUCUGGGAAGAUUGCCGGCGAGGCGGCGGCUCAGAGGGCGAAGACAGUCCGUGGCUGA